AUGUCCACCUCCGUUCUUUUCAUCGCCUCUUUGCUUGGCGCGGCCCAGGCUUACACUGUCAUCAGUGCCCCCGGCCCCUUUAUGCUUAAAAACAUUGACCCUAUUGUUUACCCUGGGCAACACAACAAGUCGCAUCUCCACUCGUUCUUCGGCUCUGACGCUGUUACUGUCGACACCAAGACCAGUGCUGAGCUCCAGAAAGGCUGCACCAACCUCGAGAACCCCAACGACUUAUCGGUCUACUGGAUCCCCACGCCGCUUUUUACCACGAACGGCGGAAAAACCUAUGAGCCCAUCCCCGUUGCGCGCUUCAGCGCUUACUACAACCUUGGCGAGUCUCCUGCUGAGGUCGCCAUUCCGCAAGAUUUGAAGAUGGUCUCCGGCAAUGCAGACGCCGUUACGCAGGCUCAGGUUCCCAAGGAUUCGAAGGCUGAAUGGUUCUGCGAGGGCGGCGGUGGCGGCGCCCUGGACGCCAACGGGUUCCCCAGCCAGACAUGCGGUACGCACCUUCAGCAGCUCCUCUACUUCCCCAGCUGUGUCAACACCGAGACGCUGGAGACCGCUUACAAGUCACGGACUUACGGCACUCAAAACUGGUGUCCCAAGGGCAUGAAGUCAAUGCCCCAGCUCCGCUUCAGCAUCCGCUACAACCUCCGCAAGGUCCUCCCCAACGGUUGGAGUGGCUCUGCGCCUUUCAAGUUAUCUUGCGGCCCUGCUUGGUGCUCUCAUGGCGACUUCAUCAAUGGCUGGACCAAGGAGUCGGCCCAGAACAUGGUUCCCACCACGUCGGACAAGCGUGCAUUUUUCGGUGUGAACGGCGCUCUCGGAAACUACAAGGACUACGCCAAGUGCAAGGCCGUGGAUGCUGAUCCCGCCCACGGUACCAGCAACUACGCUGAGAGUGUGGCCGUCAUGAGCAAGCGUGAAGUCGAUUCUUUCGGAUGGCAAUCCAAGUCUCGAUUUGCUCGAUCGACCUAA